AUGAAUAAUUGCAAUAUUACACUACCCAUAGUGAUAAUUAUUAUUCCUUUACCUUAUUUAUUUAACCACACCUUAUGUCCUCCCAACAUAACAAUUCCUACAAUUGCGCCACCCACGACAACUCCCACAAUUCCAUCUACUUUAUCGACACAAUUAACUGCUUCGACUGGCAUAACUACACCAAGCUCAACACCAGAAGGAACACCGUCAACACCCACUACCGAAUUCACCACAUCCUCUCCAAUGAAAACUUUGCCACCAAUUAAUACGACAACCACAAGUACGACUACAAGCCAACCUCACACGCCAAAUGUAACCACUUCAGAAACAACAACUGGGCCCACUGCAGAAACGACACCUACACAAGGUAGCACUCAACCUAGCACACCUUCGCCAACUAGAACGUCAAUAACUUCUACGUCAACUCCAUCUUCAACAAUAACAACACCUUCCAUACCGCCUAAUGCAACGGUAUCCACGCCUUCAUCGGAAGCUACAGUAAGCUCAACACCAGAAGGAACGCCGUCAACACCCACUACCGAAUUCACCACAUCCUCUCCAAUAAAAACUUUGCCACCAAUUAAUACGACAACCACAAGUACGACUACAAGCCAACCUCACACGCCAAAUGUAACCACUUCAGAAACAACAACUGGGUCCACUGCAGAAACGACACCUACACAAGGUAGCACUCAACCUAGCACACCUUCGCCAACUAGAACGUCAAUAACUUCUACGUCAACUCCAUCUUCAACAAUAACAACACCUUCCAUACCGCCUAAUGCAACGGUAUCCACGCCUUCAUCGAAAGCUACAGUAAGCUCAACACCAGAAGGAACGCCGUCAACACCCACUACAGAAUUCACCACAUCCUCUCCAAUAAAAACUUUGCCACCAAUUAAUACGACAACCACAAGUACGACUACAAGCCAACCUCACACGCCAAAUGUAACCACUUCAGAAACAACAACUGGGCCCACUGCAGAAACGACACCCACACAAGGUAGCACUCAACCUAGCACACCUUCGCCAACUAGAACGUCAAUGACUUCUACGUCAACUUCAUCUCCAACAAUAACAACACCUUCCAUACCGCCUAAUGCAACGGUAUCCACGCCUUCAUCGGAAGCUACAGUAAGCUCAACACCAGAAGGAACGCCGUCAACACCCACUACCGAAUUCAUCACAUCCUCUCCAAUAAAAACUUUGCCACCAAUUAAUACGACAACCACAAGUACGACUACAAGCCAACCUCACACGCCAAAUGUAACCACUUCAGAAACAACAACUGGGCCCACUUCAGAAACGACACCUACACAAGGUAGCACUCAACCUAGCACACCUUCGCCAACUAGAACGUCAAUAACUUCUACGUCAACUCCAUCUUCAACAAUAACAACACCUUCCAUACCGCCUAAUGCAACGGUAUCCACGCCUUCAUCGGAAGCUACAGUAAGCUCAACACCAGAAGGAACGCCGUCAACACCCACUACCGAAUUCACCACAUCCUCUCCAAUGAAAACUUUGCCACCAAUUAAUACGACAACCACAAGUACGACUACAAGCCAACCUCACACGCCAAAUGUAACCACUUCAGAAACAACAACUGGGCCCACUGCAGAAACGACACCUACACAAGGUAGCACUCAACCUAGCACACUUUCGCCAACUAGAACGUCAAUAACUUCUACGUCAACUCCAUCUUCAACAAUAACAACACCUUCCAUACCGCCUAAUGCAACGGUAUCCACGCCUUCAUCGGAAGCUACAGUAAGCUCAACACCAGAAGGAACGCCGUCAACACCCACUACCGAAUUCACCACAUCCUCUCCAAUAAAAACUUUGCCACCAAUUAAUACGACAACCACAAGUACGACUACAAGCCAACCUCACACGCCAAAUGUAACCACUUCAGAAACAACAACUGGGUCCACUGCAGAAACGACACCUACACAAGGUAGCACUCAACCUAGCACACCUUCGCCAACUAGAACGUCAAUAACUUCUACGUCAACUCCAUCUUCAACAAUAACAACACCUUCCAUACCGCCUAAUGCAACGGUAUCCACGCCUUCAUCGGAAGCUACAGUAAGCUCAACACCAGAAGGAACGCCGUCAACACCCACUACAGAAUUCACCACAUCCUCUCCAAUAAAAACUUUGCCACCAAUUAAUACGACAACCACAAGUACGACUACAAGCCAACCUCACACGCCAAAUGUAACCACUUCAGAAACAACAACUGGGCCCACUGCAGAAACGACACCCACACAAGGUAGCACUCAACCUAGCACACCUUCGCCAACUAGAACGUCAAUGACUUCUACGUCAACUUCAUCUCCAACAAUAACAACACCUUCCAUACCGCCUAAUGCAACGGUAUCCACGCCUUCAUCGGAAGCUACAGUAAGCUCAACACCAGAAGGAACGCCGUCAACACCCACUACCAAAUUCAUCACAUCCUCUCCAAUAAAAACUUUGCCACCAAUUAAUACGACAACCACAAGUACGACUACAAGCCAACCUCACACGCCAAAUGUAACCACUUCAGAAACAACAACUGGACCCACUGUAGAAACGACACCUACACAAGGUAGCACUCAACCUAGCACACCUUCGCCAACUAGAACGUCAAUAACUUCUACGUCAACUCCAUCUUCAACAAUAACAACACCUUCCAUACCGCCUAAUGCAACGGUAUCCACGCCUUCAUCGGAAGCUACAGUAAGCUCAACACCAGAAGGAACGCCGUCAACACCCACUACAGAAUUCACCACAUCCUCUCCAAUAAAAACUUUGCCACCAAUUAAUACGACAACCACAAGUACGACUACAAGCCAACCUCACACGCCAAAUGUAACCACUUCAGAAACAACAACUGGGCCCACUUCAGAAACGACACCUACACAAGGUAGCACUCAACCUAGCACACCUUCGCCAACUAGAACGUCAAUAACUUCUACGUCAACUCCAUCUUCAACAAUAACAACACCUUCCAUACCGCCUAAUGCAACGGUAUCCACGCCUUCAUCGGAAGCUACAGUAAGCUCAACACCAGAAGGAACGCCGUCAACACCCACUACCGAAUUCACCACAUCCUCUCCAAUAAAAACUUUGCCACCAAUUAAUACGACAACCACAAGUACGACUACAAGCCAACCUCACACGCCAAAUGUAACCACUUCAGAAACAACAACUGGGUCCACUGCAGAAACGACACCUACACAAGGUAGCACUCAACCUAGCACACCUUCGCCAACUAGAACGUCAAUAACUUCUACGUCAACUCCAUCUUCAACAAUAACAACACCUUCCAUACCGCCUAAUGCAACGGUAUCCACGCCUUCAUCGGAAGCUACAGUAAGCUCAACACCAGAAGGAACGCCGUCAACACCCACUACAGAAUUCACCACAUCCUCUCCAAUAAAAACUUUGCCACCAAUUAAUACGACAACCACAAGUACGACUACAAGCCAACCUCACACGCCAAAUGUAACCACUUCAGAAACAACAACUGGGCCCACUGCAGAAACGACACCCACACAAGGUAGCACUCAACCUAGCACACCUUCGCCAACUAGAACGUCAAUGACUUCUACGUCAACUUCAUCUCCAACAAUAACAACACCUUCCAUACCGCCUAAUGCAACGGUAUCCACGCCUUCAUCGGAAGCUACAGUAAGCUCAACACCAGAAGGAACGCCGUCAACACCCACUACCGAAUUCACCACAUCCUCUCCAAUAAAAACUUUGCCACCAAUUAAUACGACAACCACAAGUACGACUACAAGCCAACCUCACACGCCAAAUGUAACCACUUCAGAAACAACAACUGGGCCUACUGCAGAAACGACACCUACACAAGAAAGCACUCAACCUAGCACACCUUCGCCAACUAGAACGUCAAUAACUUCUACGUCAACUCCAUCUCCAACAAUAACAACACCUUCCAUACCGCCUAAUGCAACGGUAUCCACGCCUUCAUCGGAAGCUACAGUAAGCUCAACACCAGAAGGAACGCCGUCAACACCCACUACCGAAUUCACCACAUCCUCUCCAAUAAAAACUUUGCCACCAAUUAAUACGACAACCACAAGUACGACUACAAGCCAACCUCACACGCCAAAUGUAACCACUUCAGAAACAACAACUGGGUCCACUGCAGAAACGACACCUACACAAGGUAGCACUCAACCUAGCACACCUUCGCCAACUAGAACGUCAAUAACUUCUACGUCAACUCCAUCUUCAACAAUAACAACACCUUCCAUACCGCCUAAUGCAACGGUAUCCACGCCUUCAUCGGAAGCUACAGUAAGCUCAACACCAGAAGGAACGCCGUCAACACCCACUACCGAAUUCACCACAUCCUCUCCAAUAAAAACUUUGCCACCAAUUAAUACGACAACCACAAGUACGACUACAAGCCAACCUCACACGCCAAAUGUAACCACUUCAGAAACAACAACUGGGCCCACUGCAGAAACGACACCCACACAAGGUAGCACUCAACCUAGCACACCUUCUCCAACUAGAACGUCAAUAACUUCUACGUCAAAUCUAUCUCCAACAAUAACAACACCUUCCAUACCGCCUAAUGCAACGGUAUCCAUGCCUUCAUCGGAAGCUACAGUAAGCUCAACAUCAGAAGGAACACCAUCAACAUAUACUACUGAAUCCAGCACAUCCACUUCAAUAACAUUCGAAACCAUACGCACAUUACCGCCUCUACCCCCUACUCCUCCUCCUUGCAAAUUUGAUACAACAAAGUCCCCCCCAAAUCCUCCUCCUCAACCUCACGAAAAUUUUAAGUGUCGUUUCUGGGAAGUUUUUCGGUACCCCGAUCCAAAGGAUUGUAGAUUUUACUAUUCCUGCUUCUAUGGAAUUAUACACAGGUUAAAAUGCAAAUAUGGAUAUGCAUUUAAUCCUUAUGUUUUGAAAUGUAUGCCACGAUUAGAAGCAAAUUGUCAUCAUUACAAAGAUACGACAGUAGAACAAGUUGUUCCGAGUAACGUUUUAAAGACAUCAACA